AUGAUGGGCGACCUGCCAGCUGAUCGCACAACCUUCACCAGGCCCUUCACCGUCGUAGGCGUCGACUUUGCAGGCCCCUUCGAUGUGAAGAAUUACGCCGGACGUGCCUGCCGCAUUACAAAGGGGUACGUCUGCGUGUUUGUGUGCUUUAGCACCAAGGCUAUCCAUCUCGAGGCCACGUCCGACUUAACCACCGAAAAAUUCUUAGCGGCGUUCUCCCGCUUGGUGGCUCGGCGUGGAUGUCCGCAGAAGAUUUACUCCGACAACGGGAAAACGUUUGUCGGAGCCACAAAGACUUUAUCGCGAGACUUUGUGGAAUCACUCCGAUCCGAGGUGCUUGCAAAGCACUCUCUCCAUAGCCUAUCCUGGCAUUUCAAUCCACCGAGCGCACCACAUAUGGGCGGCUUGUGGGAAGCAGGGGUGAAGAGUUUCAAGGCCCUGUUCUAUAAAUCCACUGCCACGACGAAAUAUACUUUCGAGGAGCUUUCGACCCUCUUGGCAAGAAUAGAAGGCUGCCUCAACUCGAGACCGAUAGCACUCAUGUCCGAGGAUUCCACCGAUCUACAAGCCCUUACUCCAGGACACAUCCUAGUCGGUGGCCCUCUUAUAACCAUUACUGAGCCCAGAAUUACGCAAGAUGCGAUGUCUAUCCUGAAUCGCUGGCAGCGACUUAAGGCUCUUCACCAACAAUUUUGUUUUCGUUGGAAAGAAGAGUAUCUUAAGGAGCUGCACAAACGUAAUAAAUGGCACUUCGCACAACGUGACUUGAAGGUCGGCGACAUGGUCAUCGUGAAAGACGACAAUGUCGCCAUCAACGAGUGGCGGCUCGGCCGUGUCCACCUCACGCACCCAGGAGAUGAUGGGAAGGUCCGAGUGGCGGACAUUCUCACCUCCCGGGGCAUCGUCCGUAGACCCGUCCAUAAGUUAGUCAUCCUACCAACGGACGAUAAUACCCCUGUGAUGUCCAACUAA